AUGGACGAAGACAAAAACUACAUCAGAUUCAAAAACUAUUUCGAUUUGAUUGCUCAAGUCCACUCAGUUGUCGAAACGAAAAGAGGCUUCAAAUACUUACGAGUGUGGAGAGCAAUGCAACUGGGAGCCGCGGAGAGUGAAAAAUCAAACGAGAACACAAUGUUUUAUGUCACCACAGAAAUCUUCAAAUCCUAUAUUGUCGAACCAGAUUCUCAUAUUGGGCACGCAGUGGAACACUAUGGAAAACAUUAUUUAUUAGAAAUUGCUGUAUACGGAAAUCAUCAAAACGUAUUGCAAACGCUGAAUUCUGGAGACUUUGUGGUUGUUAAAAACAUACAUGCUACCCAAAAAUCGGUCUACGGAAACCUGACCACAACAUUGGAUCUUCAUGAGGAUGGCACUCGUUUUAACAGAGGAAUUUAUCUUGUUCCGAAUAAUUGUAACGAUCCACAAUUCCGUUUGUAUCAGAAAACAUGUCGAAGAAUGUUGGAGCUAUUUACUGAUAAGAAAAAUUUCAAGGAGUUCGAAAUGGAAAGAAGAACCUCAGUAAAUCAUCCACAUGUUGAGCUUAUGAAUCGGAGCCUUCCACGUGUAAAUAUUGUAGAAAAACCGUCUGAAGUAGUAGAGGUGCCAGCAGAAUCAUCUUCUGCGGAUUCAGAAGACACAAUGUGUGCCAAACCAUAUUCGAAAAUUGAGAUAGGAAGUUCAAUUGCAGUAGAUUAUUUCAUGGUGGAUCCAAAACAUAUUCUGGAUGGUACCAUUUGCCCAUUAGAACUCAUGCGCCCACACAGAUUCGAAGGUUUUCAAGUAACUCUUCUCGAUGCGAAUCACUGUCCAGGAUCAGUUAUGUUUCUAUUCGAAGGAUAUCUCAUCGAGGAAUUCGCGGGCGGUCCAGUUCUUUGUACUGGCGAUUUUCGAGCUGAUAAAACAUUCAUGAAUAGAUUAGAUGGUCCAUUAAAUUUUCUGUCCGAAUUUAGAUUGGCAAGAAUUUAUUUGGAUAACACUUACUUCAAACUGGAUCAAGAGUUUCCUACAAGAAAAUCAGCUCAGAAAAAAUUGAUAAAAGAAAUCAAAGCUAAACGAGACAAAAAUAUUUUCAUCCCACUUCAUCGUCUCGGUAGAGAAUCCUUGUUAGAAGAGACAAGUCGAAUUCUGAAGGAACCAAUCAUUAUAUACAAGGAGAAACUGGAAAUCGCCGAAUUGUUGAAUCAUUUCAAAAAGAAAAUAGAAACAAGAAAAAGCAACCGAAAAAUUGAAGUUGUGAAGAAAGAACAUAAUAUUCUCAAAAUUCCUGUGUCUGAAAACUCAGUAAUCAUUGAUCUCUCUGCUCUGCAUCAUCUCGUUGGAACACGAGUUGCUACUGAUGAGAAACGGGAAAUAAUCAGAAUUUCAUAUUCGGAUCACUCAUCAAGAACAGAGAUUUUGGAAUUUCUAAAGGAACUUAGUUUCGAGUCAAUCUAUCCGGCAUCCAAAGAGUUCACAAGAAAAGAAAUGGAAACUAUGCUUGAGGCUGGAAAAGAAUUCAAAUUGGAGGAUCUUGAUAAGCAUCUGAGCGUUCCUGAUUUCCGCAAAAAAAGAUCAAAUGCAAUAGAGGAUAAUGUAUUCUGUCAAAGUCCGGAUAUUUGA